CUCUCUCUCUACUAAAUUUAAAUCUCAAAAUUUCCCGAGCUCGACCCAAAAUCCCUAUUCUGCUUCCCCCAAACUCCACCCAUUCCUCCUCUCUUCACCAUCUACACCGCCCUACUAUCAAUUCCGCCGCCGUUCCUCUCCACUAUCUUUGCCACUUCAGCCGCCAUAUCUCUUCGCGUCUCUCUGUUCUUACGCUCUUCCAAUUCAAUCGAAUUAGGGUUUUGUCUUCGAAUCGCCAUGGCGCCCACCAGGGAAUCCAGUGAAGAGAGAGAUAGCAGGCACAAAAGGAAGAGUUCCAGUCACCGCCACCGCAGGGAUUACAGUGACGGCAGUGAAUCUGAAGAAGGGAAAAGGAAGAGAAGUAAACACAGGGAGCAAUCUGAGAGUUCCGAGGAGGAGGGUCAGAUUCACGAUCGACGCGGACGGAGAGAACCACAAGAAGAACAAGACGGGCGUAGGGAGUCUCGUAGUAGAAGGUACGACGAGGAUGACUGCAAGCGGGGUCGCCAGAGAGAGGACGAGGAGGAGGAGGACCGUCGCAGAGGGAAGGAUCGGCGGGAUAGGGUUAAGAAUGACAGUGGGGGAGAGAGGGAGAAGGUUGAGAAAGAAGAGGGUGAGAGAGUUCGUAUAACUCAUGAUCGACGAGGAGGACGGAGAGAAGCAGAGGAAGAUGGGCGCAGGGAAGCUAGGAGAAGGUAUGAUGAGGAGGAUGAGAAGCGUACCCGAAGGCGGGGAGAGGAGGAGGACCGGCGUAGGGGCAAGGAUCGCCGGGGACGUCGCGGUGAUUCGGAAGAGGAAGAGGAUAGUAGGAAGAGGGACUCUAGGGUUAAUAACAAUAUUGAUAGUGGGAGAGAUAGGCAGAGGGGUGGUAGGGAAGAUCGGAAGGAUGGGCAUGGGAAAACGGCGAUGAAUCCGGAAGGUGAUGUGAAUGGGGCUGCUUCGAACUUGGGCAAGAGUGGGGGUGUUUACAUUCCUCCUUUUAAGCUGGCUAGGAUGAUGAAGGAGGUUGAGGAUAAGAGUAGUCCUGAGUAUCAGAGGCUAACUUGGGAUGCUUUGCGAAAGAGCAUUAAUGGGUUGGUCAACAAGGUUAAUGCUACUAACAUCAAGAACAUCAUUCCGGAGCUGCUAUCUGAGAAUUUGAUCAGGGGAAGGGGACUCUUCUGCCGGUCGUGUAUGAAGUCUCAGAUGGCGUCACCCGGGUUUACUGAUGUCUUUGCUGCAUUGGUUGCUGUAGUGAAUACUAAGUUUCCUGAGGUGGGGGAGCUUUUGCUCAAAAGGCUUGUCUUGCAGCUCAAGAGAGCUUAUAAAAGGAAUGACAAGCCUCAAUUGCUAGCUGCUGUUAAGUUUGUAGCACAUCUAGUGAAUCAGCAAGUGGCUCAUGAGAUCAUUGCUCUAGAGUUGCUCACGGUUUUGCUCGAGAAGCCUACCGAUGACAGUGUUGAAGUAGCUGUUGGUUUUGUCACGGAAUGUGGUUCAAUACUGCAGGAGCUCUCACCUAAAGGCCUUCAUGGUAUCUUUGAGCGUUUUCGUGGAAUUCUUCAUGAAGGAGAAAUUGACAAACGUGUGCAGUUCUUGAUUGAAGGUUUAUUUGCAGUUAGAAAAGCCAAGUUUCAGGGCUAUCCAGCUGUUCGGCCUGAACUAGACCUUGUGGAGCUGGAAGAUCAGUUAACUCAUGAAGUCUCUUUAGAUGAGGCCAUAGAUCCAGAUACUUCCCUUGAUAUAUUCAAAGUUGAUCCCAAUUAUAUGGAGAACGAGAAGCGUUAUGAAGAGUUAAAGAAAACAAUACUGGGCGAGGAAUCUGAUGAUGACGAAGGCUCUGAUGCUGAUGCUGAUGCUGAUGCUGAUUCAGAGGCAGAUGAAGAUGAUGAAUCAGAUGAUGAGGAUGAAGAAAGUAUGCAAAUACAAGAUGAAACGGAGACAAAUUUGGUCAAUCUACGCAGGACAAUUUAUUUAACAAUAAUGUCCAGCGUAGAUUUUGAGGAAGCUGGUCAUAAGCUUCUCAAAAUUCAUCUAGAGCCUGGUCAAGAGAUGGAAUUAUGCAUCAUGCUUUUGGAAUGUUGCAGCCAAGAGAGAACUUACCUGCGGUAUUAUGGUCUUCUUGGACAGCGUUUCUGUGUGAUCAACAAAGUACAUCAAGAAAAUUUUGAGAAGUGCUUUGUGCAGCAGUACUCAAUGAUUCAUCGACUUGAAACAAAUAAACUGCGAAAUGUGGCAAAGUUUUUUGCUCAUUUGCUUGGCACGGAUGCUCUACCUUGGCAUGUGUUAUCGUAUAUUCGCUUGACUGAGGAAGACACAACUUCUUCAUCUCGUAUAUUUAUUAAGAUACUCUUCCAGGAAUUAUCAGAGCAUCUUGGCAUCAAGCUUCUUAAUGAAAGGCUGAAUGAUCCAACAAUGCAGGACUCUUUUGAAUGCAUAUUUCCUAAAGAUAACCCGAAAAACACAAGGUUCUGCAUUAACUUCUUCACAUCGAUUGGUCUCGGUGGUCUUACUGAGAACCUCCGUGAGUAUUUGAAGAAUAUGCCACGCCUUAUCAUGCAACAACAGAAACAAGUUUCAGAAUCUGAAUCAGAGGAUGAGUCUGGGAGUUCUGAUUCAUCAGACUCGGGAACAGAUAGUUCUGAGUCAGAGUCAGAAAGUGAUCGUGAACAACGAAGAAAACGGAGGAGAAAGUAGAAAAUGUUUUUAGUCUUCUGGGCUCUUUCUGGUCUGUAUUCAACUGUUUUCCUAGUAAGCUGAGUGAUUUUGAUGUCAUCAUAAGAAAGAUUUACACAGAACUAUGUUAGUUAAUGGCUUAUUGUUGUAAAUGUGAAGUGCAUAGCUCUCGGCUUUGGUUGAAUUUUGGUAUUUGAGUUAGUUAAUUGAAGUUCUUGAUUUGCUUUGGUUGA